AAAUGUAAAGAAUAUAUUACUGAUAGAUGUACAUAUGCUUUAAUGUGUAUGUAUGUGUGUGGGGGUGCGUACCUAUGUAUGUAUCCAAGUAUAUAGGUAUACAUCUAUAUACCUCAUAUAUAUAUAUUGAUUGUAUAGGCAUUAUUUCCUUAGUGGAUUAGAUAUACUCAUUCAAUGAGGAAAAAUUAUAUUCAUAGAAUAAUAAUGAUAAAAUAAUCCUUUAAAUGAUUAUACACAUGAAAUUCAAUAGAAUAAUGAUUCAAUGUAUAUUAAUUCUAUUUCACUUAGUAACCAUCUUCUAUGAUGUAACCUGUAAUAUCCCAUAUUCUAAUCAAUUAUCUAUGAAACCAUCUAAUCGUAAUAUAAAUUCAUUAUAUAAACAAACUAAUCAAAAUAUUGAUAGUAUAUCUAUGAUAAAUCAACCAAAUAGACCAUAUAUAAAAAUUUAUGAUCCAGAUCAUAAUGAUCCAAAUUAUUUACCACCACCACCACCACCAACACCAACAACAAUACAGAAUUUAAUCAAUAAUACAGAAUUAAUGAAUCAAAAUAAAGAAAAUCAAUUUAAAGAAGAAAUUUAUACAAAAACAUCUAUGAGAGAUCGUAUAGUAAAUUUAAUUAUGUCAAAAUAUCGAAGUUAUGAACGUCCACCAGAUGGUGGUAAUGCAACUAUAGUAACAGUUAAUAUGAAAGUAUUAGCUAUCUUUUCAAUUGAUGUACGUACAAUGGAUUAUUAUAUAGAUUUAUUAUUAAGACAAGUAUGGCGUGAUCGUCGUUUAUCAUGGUAUGAUAUACCAGAAUUUUCAAAAUUUAAUGAACCAUUAGUAUCACCUAAAUUAAAAGAACAAUUAUGGUUACCAGAUUUAUUUUUUCGUAAUGGUAAAGAUGGUUAUUUACAUAAAUUAACAUUACCAAAUUAUUUAUUACGUGUACAUCCAAAUGGUAAUGUAUUAUAUAGUCAAAAAAUUACAAUGAGAUUUUCAUGUCAAAUGCAUUUACAAACAUUUCCAAUGGAUAAUCAACAUUGUCAUAUUAAUAUUGGUAGUUAUGGUUAUACAUUAAAUGAAUUAAAAUUUGUAUGGAAUCAUAAUAAACCAGUUGAAUUAGCUGAUAAAUUACAAUUAUCUGAAUUUGAAACACCAAAACAAUUUAUUACAAAUGAUUGUUCAUCGGGUUAUUCUACAUCAACAGGACAAUAUACAUGUUUAAAUGCAACAUUUGAAUUACAAAGACAAUUAGGUAGUUAUUUAGCAACAACAUAUAUACCAAAUGUAUUAAUUAUUAUGGUAUCAUGGUUAAGUUUUUGGGUAAAUGUUGAUUCAGCACCAGCACGUGUACCAUUAGGUUUAUUAAGUUUACUUGGUAUAUUAACACAAGCUAUAAGUGUAUCAUCAACAUUACCACGUGUAUCAUAUAUUAAAGCUAUUGAUAUAUGGAUGAUAUUUUCUAUUAUAUUUGUUAUUGGUGUAUUAGUUGAAUAUGCUAUAGCAUUAACUAUAUUAAGACGUAAACAAUCUGAAACAUGGCAUGAAGAUGUUAAAGAGAUAGUACGUGAAGAAUUAGCUAGAUGGUGUGCUAUAUGUCAACAACAACAAUUAAUACAAUUACAAAAUUCUAAUCAAUUAAUGAAAGGACAAUUAGAAUUUCGUGAAGAAUUAGAACAUUUAUUAACUAAUCAAUUUAUUGAUGAUUAUAAAGAUAAAACAAAACCAAAACGACCACCUGGUUUAAUUGAAUCAGAAAUUGAUACAUAUAGUAGAUUUUUAUUUCCAGCAUGUUUUGUAUUAUAUAAUUGUUUUUAUUGGUGUUAUUUUUUAAUUAUUGUUAAUCAAAUUUAAUCAUGAUCAAUUAUUGAUUGUUUAUCGAUUAAUCGAUCGAUCGAUCAAUCAAUCAGUCGAUUCCUCCUUAUGUUUGUUCUUGAUAUAUGUUACUACUCAUGAUUAAUCAACAUCAAUCAUUUGUUGCUUAUCGAUUAACCGAUCGAUCGAUCGAUCGAUCGAUCAAUCAAUCAAUCAAUCAAUCAAUUCCUUCUUAUGUUCUUUCUUGAUAUAUGUUGCUAUUGAGAUACUUGAAACUUUUCACCUCUUAUAGAGUUUAACAAUCAAAUAUAAUGAAUUUGAUGUUAUUAAUGCAUUUGUAAUGAUCUUAUGCAUGUAAAAAUCGAUCAAUUAUUCAUUUUAUAUCAAUCGAUCGAUCAAUUAAUCAAUCCAUCCCCCCGUUAUCUUCUUUUUUUAUUUUGAAACAUCUUGUUGUUAUGAUUAUAAUGUGUUUUUUUUUUAAAUUUUUCUAAAUCGAAACAAUUCUGUUGUUAAUCAAAUUUAAUCAAGAUUAAUCAUUGAUUGUUAAUCGAUUAAUCGAUCGAUCGAUCAAUUCCUUCUUAUGUUCUUUCUUGAUAAUAUGUUGCUAUUGAGAUACUUGAAACUUUUCACCUCUUAUAGAGUUUAACAAUCAAAUAUAAUGAAUUUGAUGUUAUUAAUGCAUUUGUAAUGAUCUUAUGCAUGUAAAAAAUCGAUUACUUAUUUAUUCUUUGUUAAUCGAUCGAUCAAUUCCGUCUUAUCUUCUUUCUCAAUAAAUGUUACUACUCAGAUACGUAAAAUUUUCUACAUUUGUAAUAGUUUCUCAAUCAAAUAUAAUGAAGUUGAUGUUAUGAUCCAUUAUUAAUGUAGUUGACAUUAUCUUAAUGAUGCAAAAAUCGAUAACUCACUCAUUCAUUGUUUAUUAACCGAUCGAUCAAUCCCUCUUUAUCUUCCUUCUUGAAAUAUGUUGCUACUCAUGAUUAAUCAAAAGCAAUCAUUUAUUCUUAAUCAAUCAAUCAAUCAAUCAAUCAAUUCAUUCUUGAAAUAUUUUGUCCCUCAGAUACUUGAAACUUUUUUACCUCUUAUAGAGUUUCUCAAUCAAAUAUAAUGAAGUCGAUAUUAUGAUCAAUUAUUCAUGCAUUUGUAAUACAAAAAUCGAUUACUUAUUCAUUCUUUAUCAAUCGAUCGAUCAAUUAAUUAAUCCAUCCCCCCGUUAUCUUCUUUUUUUUUUACUUUAAAACAUGUUGUUGUUAUGGUUAUUGUUGUUGUUGUUGUUGUUGUUUUUGUUUCUGUUUUCUAAAUGGAAACAAUUCUGUUGUUUAGCUUUUAGAUGAAUUAUACAAUUUGAAUAGAAUUCAUUGAAUGACUAUCAUGAUCAUGAUCAUCAUUAUCAUCACCAUUAUCAUCAUCAUCAUCAUCUAUUACAUAAUCAAUAAUAUACUAUGAGAGUACACAUUUUCUAAAUAAAAACAAAUACAUUCAAAAUCCAUUUGUAUACUUAAUUAUGAUCAUCUUUAUGUGUAAUUUCAUUGGGAAGAUUACCAUUCAUUACCAUUCGUACCAUUAGUACCAUUAUUAGUAUUACUAAUACUACCAAUAAAACCAUACUCAACUAAAUAAACAAACAUGGAUGCAUUUAGUAAACAUUAAUUGAAUAAUAUUCAAUAGUUCAUAUCAACCCCUUUCAUCGAUGUCAUUCAAUAAAGUAUUAUUAUCAUUCAUCAUUAUAACUUGGUUCAAUGUUCAUUUUUUUUUGUUUUUUGUUUUACUGUAAAGAAAUGUUAUCUAUUGUAUAC